AUGCAUCGCCUCCGUGACUCUCUACUAAGCCCCUCCCCAAAAGGCUUCCCCGACAUCGGCGAAUUAGACAGCGUCUCUCACAAUCGCCAGGAUACCCGAGAAAGCCUCGCUCGCGGUGAAUUCCAGGAAGUCCACGCGGCAGCCCGCUACAAUCGAACCUGGAUCGUCAGUGACAGAUACUGCAAUUGUGGAGACGGGGUAGAUUCCCUCGAAGGAUACAUUGGUGAUAUAUGGUACAUGUACUUCCAGCUCAGCCUACAUGCCUCGCAUGAAACCUUCGAGCACGAUCGUCUGGUUCUCGACAUCAUCCGGAUCCAGGGAAUGGGGCCCUUGACCAGGACCGUGAAGGGGAUUUACGAGAUCGAUAUCGCACGGACGACUGAAGGUACAAUCUGGAAUGACCUACCCUUCUUGGUCACUGAUAUGACUGACUUCUGGAUCAACAACUGUGGACCAAUGUCGGGAACCCAGCGCCUGAACUUCGCCUCGUUCUUGGCGAAGCUGGCAUCCACCCGCGUCUGCAAGGACAGAAUUUGCCAGGUUGCCCUUGUCAUCUUCCGCUGUGCUUUCGAGCAGAGACAGGAGAUUCUCCCCUCCGAGGAUAAGGAUGAGGAAGAUUCACACCGGAGCAUGGGGUCACUUGAGCUUAGGCACUUGUUGCCCGCUGCCAAUGCGUGGUUUAAGGAGGCAUCGCACAAUAUUAUGCAACUGUCGGAGGUUUCAUGGAAUUAUUGCCCAAGCGCGAUUGGUCAGGGCGGCCCCUCGCUCCUCGAGUCGGAGUUGGGAAAGCGCUCACCCACUGGAUUCACACUAUGGAGAUGGAUGUACUGGCUCAAGCGAUUAAACGAAAUUGAAGAGGAGGCAAAACGGGCUGGUGAGAAACGUCUGGAGUACGCCAACGAGGCCAUUCACUUCAUGGUAACGGGAGCUGAGGAACGAAACUCUGAUAUUCUAAGAGUUUUCAAGACUGCAGGAGAUUCCAUUUCCGAAGAUAAGCACUUCUUGCCCCUGAAAUGA